AUGUGUUUCCAACUACGAAACGUGUUGGUGCUGCUCCUCCUGCCCGCUUGGGCUCUGGGCAGGGCCACGGCUCCCGAUCUGGACGAGGACUGUGAACUGAAUGCGGUGGAUACCAUGCACGACUUUUGCUGUGAUUUGCAUGACGAGAGUCACCAGUUUAGCGAUUGCCAGGUCAAGUGGCACGAGAAGAUUGCCUACGAGACGGAUGAGGAGGAGCAGACAUACAUGUUUUGCACCGCCGAGUGCAGUUUCAACAACACCGAAUUCCUGGGCAAGGAUCGUCGUUCUUUAGUUCUCCACCAGGUUAAAGAGCAAUUGGAAAUGGAUUUAGUCAACGAUGCGGAUAUAGAACUGCUCUAUCAGACCUACAUCAAAUGCGACAAACAUGCUCUGGACCUUUUGCCGCACAAGGGCGUCAAGAAGCUGGCCAGACGCCUCUCCAAGCACGGCUGCCAUCCUUAUCCCGGCUUGGUGCUCGAGUGCGUGGCCAACGAGAUGAUCCUCCACUGUCCUCCCAAACAGUUCCAUCAAACAGCCCAGUGCGAGGCCACCCGCAAUCAUCUGAGGCAGUGCAUGCAGUACCUAAAGUAUAAGACCUAGAGAAUCGGAAUACAAGAAACAACACUUGCAGCUUACACUUUUAUUGUCCUUUGCUAUAACUUAACUACGAC